ACAGCUCAGGUUGUGCCGCCCGGCGAUGGUGUCUGCUCGCUUCAAGGCACGAGAACGUCGCGGUCGGGCGGAGUUGCAGUUGGAAGAAAUGAAGAGCUCCCAAAACGCUCCUCUUUUCGGAGAUGACGACAGGAACCUAUCCAAAAAAUCCGAAGUCAGGCACCCCGUGGUGUCAUUCUUGCAUCUGUUCUUCCGAACCAGUGCCAUCUUUGUCUACUUAUUGUACGACUACUUCAGCGAUCACUUCAUCGCUUGCAUGGUCACCAUCAUACUCCUCCUGUCAUGUGACUUCUGGACAGUCAAGAAUGUGUCAGGGAGAUUGAUGGUGGGCCUUCGGUGGUGGAAUCGGGUCGACGAGGACGGAACGAGCCAUUGGGUGUUCGAGGCAAGGAAGGAGAAAGCAGCAAACAGGAAGAGGUUAUGGGAGGACAGAAAGGAAAGCGACAGUGUGAAUCCGACGACCAGCGCCGAGUCCAAGAUCUUCUGGCUCGGCCUCAUCGUCUUUCCGAUUCUUUGGGCCGUCUUUGUUUUCAGCGUUAUCUUAACGUUUCAAAUUAAAUGGCUGGCAGUUGGAAUAAUGGGCCUUGUGUUACAAGGAGCCAACCUGUACGGUUAUGUUCGAUGCAAGAUGAGAGGCAAGUCAAGCUUCAGCAACGUGGCCAAGAGCUACUUCGGCGCACAACUUCUUAAACAGGCAACAAGGAAAACGUAGGAGGCGACAGCAGAGAACUUUCAUUGGGAUGAAGGCUGCUGCAGUUUUUUUAAUCUAUUUUUGGGUUAACUUUAUUUUAAAUGUGCGUCUGCACUGGGCAGGGUGAGAUACAUUUUCCACUGACAUUGCAUGCAAUAUGUGCAAUACACUUGAAUUUACAUGAUCACAUUAAUAUCUUUUUACACCAGGAGUGCAAGGAAUAACUAAACUUUUCAGUUAAAAAAGCAUAAUUGUACAAACAAUUGAAUAAAUGUGAAGUCUAUAGUUUUACUGACUCAAAUUUCGACAUGGAUGACAAAGAAUUUACUCAAAGAAAAAAAAUAUGUUUUAAGUAUAGAUAUAGACUUUUUUUCCCAUGGUUAUUGUGACAGUAAAUUAUAUAUAUUGUGAGGCUAAGAAUCAGAUUUUUUCUGUUGGGUGUAAGCUCUUUGAGAACAACUUGUUGCUGAGAAUCUUUAAAAAAUCCUGGUUGAUUUUUGUACUUUUUAUAAUGCAAAAAUAUGUAUAUAUAGAUAUAUAUAUACACAUUAAUAAACGUCCAGGAACCUGAUUUUUAUGACUUGUCAACUAUUGUCUUUCCCCAAAUACCGAGGACACGAUGCCACCUCUAGAGGGCAGUAACGAUCUAUAGAGCUAUUCAAGGCAAGCCUACAUAUGAAAUUAUAUGUACUUAUCAUGCAAGGAUAUAAUGUGCAAUGUUAACAUUGGUGUUGGAAAUUAUUAAAAAAUAGGGUAUAUACAUGUGUAGGGUAUUGACAUGGUUUUCACAUUGUCUCAUCACACAUGGAUUUAAAAAAACAAAAAAACAAGCCUACUCUAACAAAGUAGCGUGAAUAUGGCGGAAAACACUCAGGUGAAUUGAAGUUCCGCUCUGAGACCCGCAAUUUGGCCAAAUUUCAAAAUUGUUCUAUAUGCAUACAGUGGGGCUAAUAAAUAGGUCAACCACUAAUUGUGCAAGUUCUCCCAUUUGAAAAUAUUAGGCCUGUAAUUGUCAACAUGGGUAAACCUCAACCAUGAGACAGAAUGUGGGGGAAAAAAACAGAAAAUCCCAUUGAUUUUUAAAGAAUUUUUUUGCAAAUCAUGCUGUAAAAUAAGUAUUUGGUCAAUACUUAAAGUUCAUCUCAAUACUUUGUUAUGUACCCUUUGUUGGCAAUAACGCAGGCCAAACGUUUUCUGUAACUGUUCACAAGCUUUUCACACGCUGUUGCUGGUAUUUUGGCCCAUUCCUCCAUGUAGAUCUCCUCUAGAGCAGUGAUGUUUUGGGGCUGUCGUUGGGCAACACGGACUUUCAACUCGCUUCACAGAUUUUCUAUGGGGUUGAGAUCUGGAGACUGGCUAGGCCACUUCAGGACCUUGUAAUGCUUCUUACGAAGCCACUCCUUUGUUGCCCUGGCUGUGUGUUUGGGAUCAUUGUCAUGCUGAAAGACUCAGCCACGUCUCAUCUUCAAUGCCCUUGCUGAUGGAAGGAGAUUUUCACUCAAAAUCUCUUCAUACAUGGCCCCAUUUAUUCUUUCCUUUACACAGAUCAGUUGUCCUGGUCCCUAUGCAGAAAAACAGCCCCAAAGCAUGAUGUUUCCACCACCAUACUUCACAGUGGGUAUGGUGUUCUUCGGCUGCAAUUCAGUAUUCUUUCUCCUCCAAACACGAGAACCUGUGUUCCUACCAAAAAUUUCUAUUUUGAUUUCAUCUGACCAUAACACAUUCUCCCAGUCCUUUUCUGGAUCAUCCAAAUGCUCUCUAGCGAACCGCAGACGGGCCUGGACGUCUACUUUCUUUAGCAGGAGGACACGUCUGGCAGUGCAGGAUGUAGGAUGUGCAGGAGUAGCCUUUGUUACUGUGGUCCCAGCUCUCUGUAGGUCAUUCACUAGGUCCCCCCGUGUGGUUCUGGGAUUUUUGCUCUCCGUUCUUGUUAUCAUUUUGACGCAAUGGGGUGAGAUCUUGCAUGGAGCCCCAGAUUGAGGGAGAUUAUCAGUGGUUUUGUAUGUCUUCCAUUUUCUAAUAAUUGCUCCCACAGUUAAUUUCUUUACACCAAGCGUUUUACCCAUUGCAGAUUCAGUCUUCCCAGCCUGGUGCAGGUCAAUGAUUUUGUCUCUGGUAUCCUUCGACAGCUCUUUGGUCUUGGCCAUAGUGGAAUAUGGAGUGUGACUGACUGAAAUUGUGGACAGGUGUCUUUUAUACCGAUAAUGAGUUAAAACAGGUGCCAUUAAAACAGGUAACGAGUGGAGCCUCGUUAGACCUCGUUAAACCUCGUUAGAAGAAGUUACACCUCUUUGACAGCCAGAAAUCUUGCUUGUUUGUAGGUGUCCAAAUACUUAUUUUCCACUCUAAUUUGGAAAUAAAUUCUUUAAAAAUCACACAAUGUGAUUUUCUGUUUUUUUCCCACAUUCUGUCUCUCAUGGUUGAGGUUUACCCAUGUUGACAAUUACAGGCCUCUCUAAUCUUUUCAAGUAGGAGAACUUCCACAAUUGGUGGUUGACUAAAUACUUAUUUGCCCUACUGUAUGUGAUACAUCAACGGAAAGCUUAAAAUCUGUUUUCGGGGGGGAAGAAACAUUUUGAAAUGGACAUUUUUUUGACACCUUACAAGUAGGUCAAAUCAGGUGAGUGAAAAAUAGACAUUUUUGGGACCUUUGACAUUUUCUUUAAGUUUCUCAUUUUAAAAAAAAUGUUUUGGACACCCAUCCUGUUCCAUAA